AACAUGACGUGUAGCACACUGCAGAUAUGAAUAAAUCACAAAUUAGUGAUACACAGUGUAAUAGUCUUAAAUUAUUUCUAGGGAUCGACCUAGAAAUUAUAAAACUUCUGGAAGCUAUUUAUUUAUUUAAUUAAAAUUUCAGUUAACUUUAUAAGAGAUGCUGCUGAGCCUGGGAGCUCCCUGCACUUUUUGUUAGAAUUUAAAAAACAAAGCUGUCUAUUGUCUACGAUUAAAAAAAAAAACCUUUAACAUGUUGCAAAUCUGAAAAGCUGUUUAAUAAACAUAUUUUUAAAGGCAUUUAAACAAAGUUAAGUGCCGGAGUUUGUAUUAUUCAAAAUUUUUAUGCCAUUUUUACUGCAAAUGAAUAUCGGCUCCAAAUAUCGGUUAUCGGCCUCCUUGACUACUAAUAAUCGGUAUCGGCCCUGAAAAAAACCAUAUCGGCCGAUCCCUAAUUAUUUCUCUGGGCAAACUGAACUGUUGCCACACUACAUACACAGUAUAGUGUGUGUGUGUGUGUGUGUGUGUGUGACUAGAGUCAUACAGACUACUCAACUUAACUACUGUUUCAAUAGGAAAGGUGACUAAUGUGAUGCCUACGUUUAGGUCUAUGGGAAAGACAUUAGUAAACAGGAUCAGAGAUUGUAGACACGUUUGACAGCUGUGGUGCUCGUGCAUUAGUAUGUACAUGGAGAUUCUGAUGUAGACAUAUAUGACACAGGAAAAAUGUAAAAUGUGUCUUUCGAAUCACAUCACACAACAGGAGGCUUCUCCCCCGGUCAAUAUGACCAAUCCCCUAUUUUAGGAAUUCAGAGUGGACUAACAGCAUCAAACACGAUUUUGAGUAAAGCUCUCAUCACAUAUCACAGCGACGGGAAUGGAAACAAGAAGGAAAAUGCAUUUUGAAAUGAUCGUUUCACUCUCAGGGGCACUGAGCACAGGUUGUACUGACAUGCAAGCAUGUGGUUUACAGUAAAGGUGGUUAAUAAUCAGUUUUAAUCUGUAAUGGCUGAUGGUCUCUACAUAUGUGGAUACAAACAUCAAACAAUAGGAACAAAUAUAUUGUGGCAUAAAUCAAAGCUUUUUAUGACACAGAGGAAUAAGAUAAAGUACAUCAGGCUUCAGAUACACACACAAUACUUGGUAAUAGGAUCAAUUCAUAUUUGGUUUGGCUCUGUACAUGGGAUUUAUUGACAAAAGGAAGAAUAUUGAAUAUUACCAGACAUUGAAAUUAAUACACAUGCACACACAAGAAAGUGAACCUUUCUUUUAAACUGGCAAACAAGGUGUCAUAGCAGGUAUUAUGGAUAUGUUAAGGGAAAUAAAGAUGGCUGGCAAACGUGUGUCUCUGUAUCUCUACAACAGAGGUGGUUAAUGCAAGGUUAUCAUGACUAAUAGAGCCACAGUAGCCACAUUUGGAAUGGUGGUGGAAUGAUGGAAUUAUCCUUUGACUGAAACAAAGGAUUAUCCUCUGAUUCUUUUAUCAAGGGAUAAUUGAGAGAAUGACAUUGCAUUCUUUGUGAUGUCAUGAUUCAUGAAUUGUCAUGAAUUCUCUCUUUAGCUUCAGAACUCACACUCAGGGUUUGACAUUCAAGACACGUUGUAACACUUAACACACAGACAAAAUCAUCCCAGAAAUACGUCUACUUUUGCAGUUUUACAGACCAGUGACCCACAUUUAAGAUGGGUGGAAAAAGUUGAAUAUAGUAUAAUAACUUGAUUUUAUUGUCUGAUCCUUUCAGCCAAAAUGGACGGAAGAGGAAACGGAUCCCACAAUGGUCCUAAUCGCCCACAGUUUAACCCACAGUUUAUUGCACGUGGAGAUCAGCCACCAGCCAAUCAACUUCAGGGUAUUCUCUUUGCCUUGAUGGACUUCCUCAUGGAUCUUGGAGUAUUUGACGGUGGCUUCGGUAUAGCGUUAAACGCUAUGGAGGAGCUGCAGCACAUACAUGAGGCAGACGACAACAAUGCUGACAUCGACAACAAUGAAAACACUGGCAUUAACAAUGCCGUUGUCAUUGGAAUUGGAAACGAUAACUCUGAUGAUGAUGGUGUGUUUGAAGAUGCUGGUAUGGACGUUGACCAUGAUGUCCCAGAGGAAGACCCUCUGCCUGGAGGAUCCCAGAGGAGGUCAAGAGAGGAAGACGAAGAAGAAUCUGAAGCAAGAAGCAACAAGCGAUUCAGAUGGUGGGAUGAGUUUUCCGACAGCGACUCUUACAGUGACACAGACGACACUGACUAUGGUUAUCUUGGAAAUAAUUCAGUCCAAGAUGCCAGUGCUGAGGUUGAUGUGGAAGUUGAGGUCGCAGAAGAAGACCCACAGCCUGAUGCAGUCAAGAAAAGGUCCAGAGAUGAUGGCGAGGAAGACGAUGAGCGAGACAGCAAAAGACUCAGAGGGUUUGCUGACAGUAUCUCUGACAGCUGUACUGUUCAAACUUGGACUGAUCACUGUGACAGCAGUAGCAGUCAUGAUCUUUUCGAGGAUGCAGUUGGCGACGACCUUUUCGAGGAUGCAGAUGGUGACGACCUUUUCGAGGAUGCAGUUGCUUACAAUCUUUUCGAGGAUGCAGCUGGUGAUGAUCUUUUCCAGGAUACAGCUGGUCGGGGAUGAAGAGGAUGGAGAAGACAACAACACACUGCCUGGAACAUCAAGGACAUUGUGAGAAGAGGAUGAUGAGGAAGGACACAAACGGUUCCUGCUAUUAUUAUUAUCACACAAUUUGAUAUAUAUAUAUAUAUAUAUAUAUAUAUAUAUAUAUGUAUAGAUAUAGAUAUAUAUAGAUAUAGAUAUAGAUAUGGGCGGCACGGUGGUGCAGUGAUUAGCACUGUUGCCUCACAGCAAAAAGGUUCCAGGUUUGAGCCCCGGUUUGCUCUAUGUGGAGUUUGCAUGUUCUCCCUGUGCCUGUGUGGGUUCUCUCCGGGUACUCCCGCUUCCACAGUUCAAAGACAUGCAUGUUAGGCUAACUGAUAACUCAAAAUUGGCCAUAGGUGUGAAUGUGAGUGUGAAUGGUUGUUUGUCUAUAUUGUGUCUAUAUUGUCUAUAUUGUGUUGGCCCCGCCUCUCACCUAAUGUCAGCUGGGAUAGGCUAUAUAUACAUAUACAUAUAUAUAUAUAUAUAUAAAUUAUAUUUUUAUAUAUAUAUAUAAAUUUUAAUAUAUUUUAAUAUAUAUAUAUAAAAAUAUAGAAUUAAAAGAAUUACUAUUAUUAUUGUUGUUAUUACUGUUACUUUUACCUUACAUCUGUAUGUGGAGUUUGUAUUGUGCUAUGUUUUCUCUCCUUUCUUUCUCUCUCUCUCUCUCUCCCUCCCUCUUCACCCAACCGGUCGAGGCAGAUGACCGCCCACCAUGAGCCAGGUUCUGCUCAAGGUUUCUGUCUGUUAAAAGAAAGUUUUUCCUUGCCACUGUCGCCUACUGCUUGCUCAUGGUGGGAAUUGUUGGGUCUCUCUUACAAUAAAUAUAAAGAGCACAGUCUAGACCUGCUCUGUAUAAAAGUACCAGGAGAUAAUUUAUGGUUCCGCCAUAUGCAUGUAGAUGUAAAUCAGCUGUGGGCAAGAUAGUAGCAGAAGCAGAAUAAUUCCUGCACCAGCUACCAGUCCACUCAUAGCACCUUUUGGCUGAAAGUCCUGGAGGGGUCCUCAUUGAGGAUACAACAGAUAAAAUUAAAAAUAAAGCUAACAAAACCCCAUAACAUUAAGAUCUUGUUCUUUUAUAUUCUAUUGGUGUUACUAGUUAAAGUUAGGAUUAGCAAUGAUAAUCUAUGCACUUUUAUUCAAAUUCAUGGAAUAUCUCCUCAUAGUCCACAAGCUGCUGCUUCUGUGUGUGUGCAGAAAAAAAUCUAGUGUUUCUACACAGUCCUGGCUCUAGAAUUGUGAAAUAAAUGAAGUGGAUCAGUGCGAUCUAUUCCAGCCAAUCAUGGCCUUUGUGCUCGUGCACAGGAGGUGGGAGGGUAUAAAGGGGGCAGAGGGAGCAAGAAAAAAAAAUUCAGGUGCAUGCUAACGCUAAAGAGUAGAGACAGGGUAAUGUCAGAUCUCUCCUCUACGACUCUGGACAGCCCACUGCAGAAGAGUCAAAGGCCCCUUCAUCCUCAGUGUACUCACUGUUGUAGAGGUGAGAGUAAAAGUCCACAGCUCUCUGCUGGAUCUCACUGUCAGCAGCUGUCCUGUGUUUUAGCACAGAGAGUGGAUGAACCUGCUCUGCCUGUUUUUCUUCUCUAGACUGAAAGAACUUUGACUGUGAGUAAAUCGGAGCAGUGAUCUGACAGUGAGACCAGACAAGAGCUCCCCGUGCUUCAGGAGCUGCUUAUGGGCCUGAGAUCUAGUCAGAACACUAACAGCGAAGACACCUGAAGGACA